ACAAACUUGGAAGUGCUAGCGGAAUUUGUUGCACAUGGAGCAUGCCUGAUGACGAGCAAAGCCGCGGCGUUGCUGAGGGAGGCAGCCAAGGUGGGCUACAACGGGCAGGGCCCAGGGUUGCCGCCUUUGCCCUCCAAGCGUGCGCCGCCGCCUCCGGGAGGUGGGCCUGCCCACGGCGGGCCGUACCGGGCUGGACUCACUAGGCGCUCGAGCUCCACCUCGGCGCUGCGAAAAAGCAAAGGUCGCCUCUCCCCGCUGGUUCGGUCCGCCCGUACUGACGAGAUGGCUUCCACCGAGCCGAGCAGAGCGAUGUGUCAGGCCUCCUCAAAGGUCUUGGAACUGGCCCGAAGGGCUGAGGAGGUGCUGAAGGUGGGCGAAUGGUCGGUGCGAAAGCUGCCGGACAAUCCGGAGAUCACCUUCGUCUAUCUCAACGAGGCCGAAGGCCGUGUGGAGGUGGAGGCGCCGAGGGAAGUGAUGGAUGAGCUGCUGGAGGGAGGGCAAGAGGACAGCCCGAAGCAGGAGGACCCGGAGGAGCGCCCGCUCUUCCGGCGGAUCCUCCUCGCCAAGGCGGAGGUGCCUCUCCGAAUGGCGAGGGACAUCCUGGAGGCCAUCCGAGAAGACGUGAACAUCUUCGAGCAGGUGCAGCAGCGCUUCUCCGAUACGCCAGACGAGCCCCUGCUGGGGCUGGAGGACGACCUGGGCGAGGAGUUGGAGGCGGUGGCGCAGGCCAUGCAGCCCGGGGAGGUCUCGGAUGUCCUGGGCACCGAGGCCGGCAUGCAGAUCCUGCUGAGAGUGCGCUGAGAAUUCAAAUGCCCUGCACGAAUGACUCACAGUCCUGAGGCAACGCUUGGC